AUGUGUGGGAAUCAGCCGAAGGCGAAAGCUCACCGAACGCUCCUCGACGAGGAAAUAGCUGCGGAGACCCUCAAGAAGAAGAGAUGUAUUUAUAAAACAUUCAAAAAGUUUUGCUGCAUUCGUACGUGUAGCUCUGGAGACGUUCAAGGAGAAGUGAGCAGCAUGUUCGCACAAAUUCAAGUGAAAAUUUCCAGUGAAAUUCGCACAGCAACCAGUUUAUUCUUGCAAAGGCCGGGAAGAAACGCUGGAUCCUUGAGAUACGGCUACGGAUUGCAGAAACGGCCGCCGUACUAUACUCGUCCAGAGGACUUUAAGAUCCCUGAUUAUCGACCGCCUAAGCCUCAAGUGCCAAGUUUCAAUCCUACAUUCGGACCACAGUUCACUCCGUUUCGACCACCCUUCCAACAACAACAGCAGUUUUUCCAGAACUUUCGACCUCCUGUCCAAGGAAAUCCUUUUCCACCACAACCACCACGGAACCCACAAUUCCCUUCAGGACCUUUCCUUCCUCAUUCUGAACCUAGCUUUAUUCCACCAGUCAACAAUGGCAGGCAGCAGUGGUUCGUUCCGUCAAAUCCUGCAACGUUCGUUCCUCCAAAUAUCGCUGCAUACUGGGAAGGAGCUAGCCCGAUCCCUCCUCAGGGUGCUUACGGACCUACACCAACUACCAUGGCUACACAGAAGCCCAUGAAGCCGUCCGUGAAUCCAGACGUUUACAGAGGCACUGUUCCCACUCAACCAGCUGCUAAUCCUGAAUCGUACACCACCCCGUCCAACUCCAUCCCAACGACCGGUCAUGCGGAAACAUUCAGAACACACGGUUGGUACAACCCAACCAGUACUGCUCCUCAACGGCCUCCGGAAGCAUUCGUUACCGUAACUGAUGAGGUCGUGGACUUUACUAAUCCAACGAAAUCCAUCUUUGAUAUGGAGGAGAAUCCAUACACUACGUUAUCCACUGUUGCCCUGGGGGAAAUCCCCGGUACCUUAAUCACCGCAACACAGUCUACCCCUACUUCAACAGCGGAAUCGCCGACUACUCUGAUUUUUGAGGAUAUCACUAAGUACUUUCCAGAGGAAGGGCCGCUACCUCCGCAAAGCGCUCGCACUACCGGUUACAACUUUGACACGGAGAGAACGACCGAUUUGCAGUUUUCCUCUUUAACGACUCCAGAGACCCCCGACGACGUUUAUGACCACACGGAUGUGGUCGAAGACGUCGGCGAAGGCAUUUCGACGACUGUUCAAUCCAAACCGAGUGACCUGGAGCAUGCGAAGUCAACCUACUUUCCGAGACCUGUUUCCUCUCAGGCGUACCAACCGCCAGGUCAUCUUCCGGAAGACUUCACCCAGCACAUCGACGUCAACUUCCUCAAACCCAACAGAACAUGCACUGGGCCAUUGUGUGGCAUUGAUUCUGACAAGGUCUCACUCUACAAUCCCGUCAAAGGUGGAAGCAAAGGACCUACGUUGCUGAUCUCGAAUGCAGCAAAGGGAGAUGCGGCCAGACUCGGUUAUAUUCCGCCUAAUCCGAAACUAAUCUCUGAAUUCACUGCUCCACCAUCAUCGACAGAAUACUACAAUUCAAAUUUUGUUCCAGGAAGCAUCAAUUAUCCACGAGCGGAAGUUCCAGGACCUUUCCAGAAAGGAGAACACAGCACGUUUGAACCAUACCGACCUGAGAUCCCCAAAGGCCCACACGUUUUCAUGCCUCCACAAAACUUUCCCGCUCCUCCUGCUUCCACUUUGCUUCCGCCGGCAUCAUAUACGCAGGAGACAACACCUCUCACGAGUUAUUCUCCUACAGCGAAAACUAUUGCACCACCCACCACCACAACUGAAUACACGACGACUGAAGCAUUCAUCUCACCGUCUACGACAUCCACUACUCUGUUCACUGUGUCUCGCUUUGAAACCACAGAAAAAUCCACAGAAUCCACUCCAGAAGCUUUUACUAUAUUGUCCACAGUAUCUCUACAACCGGAAGAAGGAGGCGCUACUACUCUACCACAUCCCAUUCCAUGGUCUCCAACAUAUAAAACCGUUCCACCAUCAUCUACAAUAACCCCAGCUACUGGAGUUUCUGUAGAAGUUUCUACUCCAAAAACAACCUUUGGGCAACCUAAGCCUUCUUCUGCCACUUCCCCACCUACUCGACUCACGGGUGGAUUUGAGACGACACCUAGCUUCUCACGUACGCCUUCAGAGUCUCAGACCACCUCAUCCUCUCAGUCCACAACACCAUCGACCACUACCCAGUACUUCAAAAUCACUGCCCCUUCGGCACCACCUCAUGGGACGACGACUCCAACGUCAACUCCAGAGACGCCGUCGACAACUCCAUCCGGCUCUACUCCUUCAGGAACCACUUCUGCUCUUCUGUCAACGACUUCUAAAUCUGGAGUGAUGAAUAGAGUCAGAGGAAAAGUGCAUGUGGUUUGCAAAGAGGAAGGUAUCGAAUUCAGCGCUACCACGCUGUUUCCUUUUACUGGUCAGAUUUUUGCUAAUGAGAGGAAGCGAAUUCCGGGCUGUCUACACGAAAUCGUUAAUGCUGUCACACCUAAGGUAUUUUUACCGUUUAUUGAAUGUGGUGUAAAAAAUGCCGGAGAUCAACAUGACAGCCGAGCUCAGUACCACAUGCAGGUGGUUGUCGUGAUCCAACAAGGAGACGGUACUUCAACAGUUCAGUCAUUCAUGGCACAGUGUAUUCAUCAGAAGAUCCUCUACAAUAAGCAGACUCUUCCCAGAAGGAUUGAAGAGGCACUGGAAGAACUCCGCCUAGUCGCCACAAAGCUGGAACAGAAAGCUCCUCUUCCACAAGUGGAGAUGAAGAUUGUGGUCGACGAACACCACCAACUUGGGCCGGAAGUGAGCGAAGUGGAUAUUGGCAUGCCACUAGCAGUCCAGUGGAAACUGCUUCCUGAAUCAGAUGCCUAUGGAUUCCAUGUGAAGAAUUGCAUUGUGAAAGAUGAAAUUAGCAAAGCUGAGCACAAAAUGAUCGACGAAUUGGGUUGCUCCACGGAUACAAGUAUAUUCGCCCAUCCUCACUAUGACACCUAUCACGAUUCUGCAUCAUCACAUCUAUGGGCGUUCAAGGUGCCGGAUCAUACCCGCCUUCGAAUCAGAUGCGAUGUGGCGAUCUGUUCAGACGUACCAUCUUCUAUGACGAACAUUAGCAGCUGCGCUUCUAUUCCAACUCCUCCAUUCUGUCCUGACCUUAUCACCUCCCCAUCGAACUCAAUCCUCUACGACGCUGAAGGAGCGUUCCUCAAACGACGUAGGCAAAUUGUGGGCGAGAUGACGCAAUCCGUCAGAGCGACGCUCUGUACUGGUGGUAGCUGUGAUCCACAACCGCUGGCGCUGGAGAGACGAUGCUUCGACUUGUACUGGGUGGCCGCCUCAACCGGAUUCUCGUUCGCUUCUCUUAUCGCCGCCAUCGUGGUCCACAUCGUCGUUAAAGCGAAGAUAUCUCGCCACUGA